CCACUGCAUGACCGCACGGCCCCGACGCAUCUGCAAAGAACAAGACUGCGGCAAUGGAAAGCUUUUCAAACGAAAGUUACUUUUGGCAAUUCAACGAAUCCUUGAGGAACUCAAGUCUCCACAACGGUACCGGUGGGUUGAAUCAGACGAAUCCUCUCAAGCGGAAUGAGGAGGUGGCGAAGGUGGAGGUGACUGUGCUCGCCUUGGUGCUGUUUCUGGCGCUGGCGGGGAACCUGUGCGUCCUGCUGGCCAUCCACACCACCAAACACAGCCAGUCGCGUAUGUAUUACUUCAUGAUGCACCUGAGCAUCGCCGAUCUAGUUGUAGCGAUAUUUCAAGUUCUCCCUCAACUUAUCUGGGACAUUACAUUUCGGUUCUAUGGACCGGACAUUCUGUGCAGAUUGGUGAAAUACCUCCAGGUCGUUGGGAUGUUCGCGUCCACUUACAUGUUAGUUUUGAUGUCCGUGGACAGGUGUUUGGCAAUUUGUCAGCCCCUUCGUUCUUUGCACAGGAGAAAAGACCGUUUCUAUGUUAUAUUUUCCUGGGUCCUUAGCCUGCUCUUCAGUAUCCCGCAGAUGUUCAUCUUUUCCCUGAGAGAGGUUGGCUCGGCCGGAUCGGGAGUGUACGACUGCUGGGGCGACUUCGUGAAGCCUUGGGGAGCAAAAGCUUAUAUCACAUGGAUCAGCCUCACUAUAUAUAUCAUCCCUGUGGCCAUACUGAGCAUUUGCUAUGGUUUGAUAAGCUUCAAAAUAUGGCAGAACUUUAAACUGAAAACCAGGCGGGAGCAGUGUAUAAGCCUGACGCCCGAAACCUCCAAAGGCAACACACUGGCCCGUGUGAGCAGCGUGAAGCUCAUCUCCAAGGCGAAGAUAACCACAGUCAAGAUGACUUUUGUAAUUGUCGUGGCUUAUAUCGUCUGCUGGACCCCCUUUUUCUCUGUUCAGAUGUGGUCUGCGUGGGAUCCGGCAGCGCCUCGUGAGGCCAUGCCCUUCAUCAUCUCCAUGCUGCUGGCCAGCCUCAACAGCUGCUGUAACCCCUGGAUCUACAUGUGCUUUGCGGGGCAUCUGUUCCAGGAUCUUAGGCAGAACUUUCUGUGCUGUUCCACUCGCUACCUCAAGUCAUCCCAGUGCCACUGCGAGCGUGACUUUGACUCCAGUCACAAGAGCAACUCCUCAACCUUUGCUAUUAAGAGCACUAGCAGUCAGAGGAGCAUCACACAGACUUCUACCACAUAAGCACUCACCCUUCCUUCCCUCUCCCAAGCUGCCCACCUGGCCUUUCGCCACAUACUAUCGCCCAUAAAAUAUCCAGCAGUUCCACUC